AUGACAUCAAGCACAGCAGUUCAAGCAGCCAAACUUUCCAUCACUCCGCGUCGAUGGUUUCAACGUGGUCAUGCGGAUCAUGGAUGGCUUAAGACCUUCCACACCUUCAGCUUUGCGAGUUACUUUGAUCAAACGCAUAUGCAGUUCUCCAAUCUGCGCGUUAUCAACGAAGAUCGAGUUGCCCCUGGAACUGGAUUUGGAACACACGCGCACAGAGAAGCUGAAAUUUUCAGUGUCGUUCUAGGUGGAGCUCUCGAGCAUAAGGAUUCCAUGGGAAACACCGAGAUUUUAAAGAGAGGAGAUGUACAGUUUACUAGUGCAGGAACGGGUAUUAGGCAUAGCGAGAAGAAUGGGGGUAAAGAUGAAGUGCACUUUUUGCAGAUUUGGUAUACUCCAGACCAGUCGGGGCUGCCUCCGAGAUACUACACUACUCAUGCAUCGGACGAGAGCAAGCGGAACACACUCAAGACGCUCAUUAAGCCAGUGUCCACCUUCAUCCCCGAAGCAGCCAACAAGACAGGUCUUCUACCUGAAGGCUCUCCUAUUCCAUCCCACUCAACCCUCGUAACUCGAUCUUCCAUCCUCUCCCCUGGUGCAAGUGUCACCCACAUCAUCGGUGCAGACUCAGCCGCAAGGGAGGGUGAUGAAAGAUGGCUAUACAUCCACCUAGCCCAACUUUCGGGCUACAAAGAUCCACGAAACCCCGAAAACAACAUUAAAGGUGAAGCCGAAGUUACGGUGCAAGAUGGAAAAGGUGGUAGUGUUGUUCUAAAGGAAGGAGAUGGUGCUUAUAUCAAGGGAGGUAAAGCGGGCGAUGGGGUGGAGAUCAAGCACACAGGUGUGGAGGAUGCAAAGGAGGCUGAAUUUGUUCUGUUUGAUCUUAAACCCCAAAGUGGCAGGGGAUAUUGA